AUGGGUCACCAGCAGCUCUACUGCAGUCACCCUCGGAAAUUUAGCCAGGGAUCUCGGUCAUACCACGUGUGUUUGAACCCACACAGCCUGAUCUGCAAGUAUGGCCUGAACAUGUGCCGCCAGUGCUUCUGUCAGUAUGCGAAAGACAUCAGCUUCAUCAAGUUGGACUAA